CGUUAGUUUCCGUCAAAACCAUCGACACGACAACAUCGCUCGCUGCCGCCACAAAAUUUUUCAUUUGCGUGUUAUUUCCCUCUCUGUCAAAGUGCAAUUCUAGUAUACGGAAAUCUAUGAGUGUGAAGAGUACAACACUAUUGUACAACCUAGUAUAAAGGCAAAGUACAAAAAAUUUUCCAUCAAAGAGAAAUUUUUUCAUUGCCAUUUUAAUCGUCUUAAUAGUGAAAAUAAUUAAAAAUUGUGUGCAGAAAAUAUUCUUGAAUAUCUUAAAAAACGUUUUAUCAUAGUUUUAUGCACGGAUGCCUCUAGAAAUGGCCGAAAAUUCAUGAUUAAAAUUAAAGACAUCUGAGAUGCAUCAAACAUGAAUGAAGGUGAGUCAGCAGGAGGGGGGCAUCAAGGGUCCAACCCGGCCCCUCCUGCUGUGCCAGACCGCAUAUCAUCAACUACAACAACAACAAUUGCAACAAACCUUGCAACAACCACACAGAACAACAACGUUGUUAUCUCAACAACAACAACAACCAGCAAUUCCCCCUAUAGAACUACAACAAAAACUGCUGUAGCCUACGCCAGCAGCAACAACAUUGAAAUUCCAAACGUCACAGGUUCGCUAAUCCAACCAACAUCAACAACGGCUGCUGCAACUCCAUUACCUCGUACUUUCCAACAAACAUUUAUUCAGCAACAAAACAACAAUACAAUUUCCGCCAAUACUACACAAGCAUCAUUCGCAUCAGCAACAACAACAGCAACGUUUUCAUCAUUGAGCUCAACAGGCAAUUCGGGCAAGAGUCUUAUGCCUCAAACACCAACACGGUAUCAGCAACAAUCAUCAUCAGCAGCAGCAGCAACUACGACAAGCUCUACCAAUUUCGUUACCGUAGCCACAACACCAACAUCAGCCCUACCCUCCUAUUCCACUUCUUUUUCGCCCGACGUCAAUUCACCUUUGAGCAAACGUAAAAAAUUGGAAGACUCAACAACGUCGUUGUCUGCAACGACAACGCCGUCUUUGGUUAGCGGCAGUGGUGGUAGCGGCGGCAUUCUCCUGGCAAGUGCAAGUGGUGGUAGUAGUGUUGGUGGCAUAGUAGGUUCUCUAUUGCCCACAACAACAAACACAGCAUCCAAUCCAACGACGGCAUCGUUAGCAGCAGCAGCAACAAGUAACACAAAUUCUGCAUUAGCCCAAGAUAUACAAGGUUUAAAAAAGCGCAUAUUAGAACAAAAAUAUUCACGUUUGCGUAGAUUAAAGGAAAAACACUCUGAAAAUGUCGCCGAAUUGUUUUAUUUGCAAAUUGGUGGCAAUAUGAUGGACUAUCCUACGUGGCGUAAGAAAGCACCUACCCCACAGUUCAUCACCUUUAGCAAUGCCUAUCGUUUGGAUCAAUUGGUUAACGAUGAAAGAACACAAACUGCUGCUGCCACAACGACUACGGGAACAGGAACAGCAGCAACAACAGGAGCAUCAGCAACAGCAACAACAACAUCAACAUUACCGGCCACAGCAGCACCAACAUCAGCAUCAACGCCUACAGCAGGCAAUGUUCCUAUGGUUGGCGUUUCUUCAGUCGUUUCACAACAACAGCAUCAACAACAAACACCAAAUGCUGAUAAUAUAGCAACAAUAAUUGGUGUGACUGCUGGUAGUCAUACGAAUGUUUUACAUUCACAAACGAAUAUACAACAAUCUCAUCAGACAUCAUUAAUCGCAUCAUCAGCGUCAUCAACAUCAUCUCCCGCAUCUAAUUUGGUCUCAAAUCAGGGUCGUCUGCCAAGCAGUACAACCAUAUCCCCCUCAUUAUCAUCAGCAUCAUCAUCAUCGUUAUCAUCUCCUGCAAAUGCAGCAGCGGCAACACUGGCGACGUCAACAAUUCCAUCAGCCGCCGUGUCGUCAACGUCCAACGCUGCCGUUGGCAAUGUACAAGCUACAAUAUUGCCCUCAACGGCCACUGAUGCCAGUGGCAAUCCAUUGCCUCCACAAGGGGCCGAAAUAAAAAUACCCGCCGUUGGUGCAACACCGGUGGCGGUGUCCACAAAAUUGCCAGCCGCCGUGCAACAGCUAACCCAGCAAGGUGGCACACCACUUAUUCCCUGCAGCACAGCCCAAGGUACCACAGCAUUGCGUCGCAACGGCAAUGGUGGUGUCAACUCAACGUCAAAUACUCCUCCGCCUUUGUAUUCACCCUCGCCCAGUAAUGCUGCAGCGGGCACUUCAAGUGCAGCUAAUGCAGCGGCCGCUGCUGCGGCGGCAGCAGCAGCUGCCUCCAAUUCUGCGGCCACAACGCCCAACAGCAAUCAAGAGUUUUCCUUUAAGGCCAAACAGGAGGUUGAUGUCAUGCGCCGCAUUAUGGAACUACAGCGAGAGGGAUUAUGGACUGAAAAACGUUUACCCAAACAAUUGGAACCGCCACGGCCAAAGGCCCAUUGGGACUAUUUGCUUGAGGAAAUGGUUUGGUUGGCUGCCGAUUUUGCCCAAGAACGCAAAUGGAAAAAAGCCGCGGCGAAAAAAUGUGCCAAAAUGGUGCAGAAAUAUUUCCAAGAUAAAGCCAAUGCUGCCCAAAAGGCUGAAAAGGCCCAGGAAGCUCAUCUGAGACGAGUGGCCGCCUUCAUUGCCAAGGAAGUGAAAAUGUUUUGGGGUAAUGUUGAGAAACUGGUCGAAUAUAAACAUCAAACCAAAUUGGAAGAGAAACGGAAAAAGGCAUUGGAUCAACAUUUAUCCUUUAUUGUGGAUCAAACCGAGAAAUUCUCCCAACAAUUGGCUGAGGGUAUGAACAAGACUCUGAAGGAUACAACAUCAGCCAAUCCCAGUAUAAAUUCCAGUCGGAUAUCAUCACCAAAAAGAGAUGGCACAGAUGAUGAGUUUCGUCCCGAUUCUGCUUCAGAAGAUGACGAAGAGACAAUUGCCAAGGCCGAAGAGGAAGAAAACGCUGAUGUGGAUGCCGAAGUGGCUGCAUUGGAAAAAGAAUCUCAAAUGGAUUUAGAUGAUUUCCUUAAAGAUUUGCCCAAAGGUUAUCUUGAGAACCGUGAUAAAAUUGUAUUGGACGAAGAUAAUACCAGCAAUACAGCCACCACAUCUUCGUCCGGUUCCAUGCAACGCAAAACAAAGCGACAACAACAGCUGCAGCAGCAGCAACAGAAGGCCAAGGCCAAGAAACAAGAGGACAGUGAUGAUGGUGAAUUUGAAGCCAACGAAAGUAGUGAAGAUGAUGAAAAUACCAUUAGAAAACAGGAGGAGGAAGAAAUGGAUGUUGAUCAUCAAAAGGAAUUGGAUGAAUUGGAGGCUGAUAAUGAUUUAACUGUGGAAGAAUUAAUAGCCAAAUAUAAAUCGGGUAGAAUUGAUGAAACCACCACCACAAGCAAAGCCAAGUCCUCAAAUAAAUCCAAAGAUCAGGAAACGACAAAAAUGCAAGUCGAUAAUGAUGUUAAAGGUGAUGACCAGGAGGAGGAAGAAAUGGACGAUGAAGCCAUUUCAAAGGCCAUGCGAGAUUCUGAUGAUGAUUCAACGGAUGCCGAAGAGGAGGAUGAGGAGGCAACAGAUGAAGAAGAUGAGGACGACGAGGAAGAAGAUGAAGAGGACGAGGAAGAAGAAACGGAAAAUGAGAUAAGCGAAAAUGAAGCAGAUGCCCAAGAUGCUGGUCUUAAAGAUCUUCUGGAAGAUUCCACAAAUGCUGCCAACAGCAGUAAAGAUGACAUGAUAAAGGAUGCUGCGGCCCUGGCCGAAUCGUUGCAGCCCAAAGGCAAUACUCUAUCCUCAACAAAUGUUGUUACCCCCGUACCAUUCCUUUUGAAACAUUCACUGCGAGAAUAUCAACACAUUGGCCUCGAUUGGUUGGUUACAAUGAACGAACGUAAGCUAAAUGGCAUUUUGGCCGAUGAAAUGGGUUUGGGCAAGACGAUACAAACCAUUGCUCUGCUGGCUCACUUGGCUUGUGUGAAGGGCAAUUGGGGACCCCAUCUAAUUGUUGUGCCCUCUUCGGUUAUGCUAAAUUGGGAAAUGGAAUUUAAAAAAUGGUGUCCAGGCUUUAAAAUACUCACCUAUUAUGGUACACAAAAAGAGCGUAAACUAAAACGUGUCGGCUGGACUAAGCCCAAUGCUUUUCAUGUGUGCAUAACGUCGUAUAAACUCGUGGUGCAGGAUCAGCAAAGUUUCCGUCGUAAAAAGUGGAAAUAUUUGAUAUUGGACGAAGCGCAAAAUAUUAAAAAUUUCAAAUCCCAACGUUGGCAGCUGCUGUUGAAUUUCUCCACAGAGAGACGUUUACUCCUCACCGGCACACCAUUGCAAAAUGACCUCAUGGAAUUGUGGUCUCUCAUGCAUUUCCUAAUGCCCUAUGUUUUCUCAUCGCAUCGUGAAUUCAAGGAAUGGUUUUCCAAUCCAAUGACCGGCAUGAUUGAAGGCAACAUGGAGUACAAUGAAACGUUAAUACAACGUCUACACAAAGUUAUACGGCCGUUCUUGCUGCGACGCCUCAAAAAGGAAGUCGAAAAACAAAUGCCCAAAAAAUACGAACAUGUCGUAAUGUGUCGACUGUCGAAUCGCCAGCGUUAUUUGUACGAUGAUUUCAUGAGUCGAGCGAAAACAAAGGAAACCCUACAAACGGGCAAUUUGUUGAGUGUCAUUAACAUUUUAAUGCAAUUGCGUAAAGUUUGUAAUCAUCCCAAUAUGUUUGAAGUACGUCCAACUAUAUCACCAUUUCAAAUGGAGGGUAUUACAUUUGAAACGUCACGUCUGAUCUGUGAUCUAAUGGAAUAUGAUCCAUUUACGCAAAUUGACCUACACUCCUUGAACCUGCUGUUGGUUGAAUUGGAGAUGACAUUGACGGCCUAUGUGUCGCACAAAUCACGUUUAUUGGCAGCGCCGCGUAAGCUAAUCGAAGAAAUCGAUAGUAUACCUGAUCCGCCACCACGUUGUCCAACGGGAAAAUAUAAAUUCCACAUACGUGUACGUGACACUCGAGUCCAACAGAAUGUCAGUGCGCAUAGCCAGCAAAUGGUUAAGGUGGGUGCAAGUCCUGCUAUGAAAAUGGAGGGCAAUAAAUUUGUACCCAUCAACACAACAACAACAGCAGUGACGGCGUCGGCGAAUACAUCCCAUUUGGGUAUUAUGAAAUCUACUGCAACAGAGACUGGUGGCAGUCGAAUCCAUAAACGUAUAAACAAUGUCAUAAAUCCAAUUGGUUCUCCCAAACUGGGGCCCAUAACACCCGGAUCCAUUACCAGAUCCUCCCUUCCACCGAUGUUAUCAUCGUCCACAUCAUCCUCACCCAUGGGUCCAACACCUGCCAAACAAAUGCGUUUACAGGAUCCAUUGAGUCUGGAUGACAUGGACAGCAUAAAAACGGAAAAGUUUAUCGAUGAUAAGGCCUUGGUGAAGGUUCUGGCACAACAGGUGAAGACCACAUCAAAUACCCGCAGCAGCCCUACUGAUAUUACACUAAAGACUGAAGCCGAUGACGAUGAUAAUUCUUCGGAGUUGGAUCCAAUUUUCAAUAUGUCAGACAUCCUGCAGCAACGCAAGGAGCAGCGAUUGGCCCGCCUCAAGCUAAUGGCAAAUGUGAAUAAAAGACGUACCGAGGCCACACCCAUAUAUGGUGCCGAUUGUCGUGAAUCCAUUGAACAUUGUUCCGAAGGCAGCCGCUUGUUGCAGUACUCCACAUGGCAGACCAGAGGUUACACCAACUGCAACACUGCCAUGCAACGUUGCAACGACAAUUGGACCCUCAAUAAAAUUCUAAAAUCAUAUGAGAAACGUUGUGAAGAUCUUAAGCAUAUCUUUCAGAACUAUGUUAUCUAUGUACCGUCCGCUUGUGCACCGCGCAUACGUUUCUAUGUGAACAAUUUGGCCUCCAUACGGAUGGCACGGGAACGUGCCAUAGAGCAAACAAUACAAAAGGAAAUGUCACCAAAACUGGCGCUACUACAUCCCAUUAUUUCAGCCAUGACCACACAAUUUCCCGAUCCACGUCUCAUACAAUACGACUGUGGCAAACUGCAGACAUUGGAUGGUCUUUUGAAACAACUGAAAUACAAUCAUCAUCGUGUUUUGAUCUUUACACAGAUGACCAAAAUGCUGGAUGUUUUGGAGGCAUUCCUCAACUAUCAUGGCCACAUCUAUUUGCGUUUGGAUGGUGCUACCAAAGUCGAACAAAGGCAAAUUCUCAUGGAACGUUUCAAUACCGACAAACGCAUUUUCUGUUUCAUACUCUCAACGCGAUCCGGCGGUGUGGGUAUUAAUUUAACGGGUGCAGAUACUGUGAUAUUUUACGAUUCAGACUGGAAUCCCACCAUGGAUGCUCAGGCGCAGGAUCGCUGUCAUCGCAUUGGUCAGACAAGAGAUGUGCACAUCUAUCGUUUGGUCUCGGAGAAGACCAUCGAGGUGAACAUCCUUAAGAAAGCCAAUCAAAAACGUAUGCUUAGUGAUAUGGCCAUUGAGGGUGGCAACUUUACAACAUCGUACUUUAAGAGUUCCACAAUAAAGGAUCUUUUCAAUGUGGACACACAACAACAGCAGCAGCAACAACAGGGUGAAACCACUUUAUCUCAAUCGAGAGAAACGGCACCAUCAUCAUCGGCCUCAUCAACUGUUGUUGAGAGCAAUGAAAUCGAUUUGGAAAAGCAAUCGUUGAAGGCAUUCGAAAGUGCUCUAGCUGCUGCCGAGGAUGAACAAGAUGUCCAGGCGGCUAAGACGGCUAGGGCAGAAGCUGCUGCCGAUUUGGCUGAGUUUGAUGAGAAUAUACCGCUGGAAGAAGUGGCCACAAAUAUUGAUGGCGGUGGUAAUGUUGAGCUGAGCAAAGCCGAUUUGGAAAUGCAAAAUUUGGUUAAACAGCUCUCACCCAUCGAACGUUACGCAAUGCGUUUCGUUGAAGAAACCGGCGCCGCCUGGACGGCCGAACAGUUACGUGCUGCCGAAGAAGAACUCGAGGCCCAGAAACGUGAAUGGGAGGCAAAUCGUUUGGCAGCUCUACAAAAAGAAGAAGAAAUGCUCAAACAGGAAGCUGAAAAUGAUGAAAUGCUAACAUAUUCCCGGAAGGAUGCCACUAAUCAGAUAUGGAUUUCGGCCAAUACCAUGGAACAAAUGCCGAUGUGGUGCCCACCAACACCGCCGCAAGAUAACGAUGACAUCUACAUCGACUAUUCGCUGACAUUCUUAUAUGACUUGGAUCCAAUACCGGAAACAGAAUUACCACCCGUAUACGUCAAAAAAGAAUAUAAACGUUCUCGCUCAGAUGCCGGUUUCCUUAUUGAUGGCAAUAAGAGACCAGCAAAAAUGCGACGUGAAGAAAUGUUCUGUGCUCCCCGGUCGCUGUUCGAUCGGCCAUCGGCAGCUAUAGCUCGCAUCCGACGUGAUCUGAAAAAUCAACGUUACAGGGGAACGUUCAAACCCAAUGUACAGAUUCCAGGUCUCAAGCCACAAAUACCCCAGAAACCAAUACCCGAACCCGAGGGCAUGGCCGAAUGGUGUAUAUACGAAGAUAUUGCCAUACUACAUGUUCUGGUGAAUCUACAGGGCUUGCCCUGCAAUCUAAUGUUGCUGUCUCCAGGCCAUACACCCAAUUGGGAUCUGGUGGCGGAGAUUGUAAAUGCCUAUUCGAAAACGUAUAGAUCACCUAAACAGUGUAGAUGGCGUUAUGAAAAUGUAAUACAACCACGCGAAGAGGGCAAACUGGUGGAGAGUCCCAAGAAACAGAAAAAACUGAAGGCCAAUCUGAAAACGGAAUAUCUUAAAAGUCCUCUGCGUUGUUUGCGGACAACUCAGCUGUAUGCCAACGACAACAAUGCUUCGUUUACGAAAAUCAUGAAGGGACGAUUCGAUUGUAUUAAGACGGCAUAUUUGAAAAAGGCUCCGGCGCCAAAGCGUCACUUUAUCACAUCGAGUCUCAUGAAUCCCAAACACAUGGAAGUGCUGCAAGAAUUUGGUAUUGUAAAUUAUGAUCAGCCCAUAACACCGCAGAACAUUGCCAUAAUGAGAGCAAAUAAAAUGCGUGAAAAACAAAGGACACAAUGUUUGCCGCCACCACCCUCUGUUGCUGCAGCUAGUUCUGGGUCUACAGCCUCCGCUGGGCAACAAACUGCUGCGGCCAGUGCUGUUGCUGCUGCUGCAGGAGGCCAGACAGCACAGGGAGGGGGAUCGUGUUGUGUUACCACAACGUCUGGGGUCAAUGUCGUCCAGCCGCAGCAGCAACAGGCUCAGCAAAGUUCGGCCACUAGUCAUUUGCAGGAGUUGGUGCAGCAGCAGCAACAACAACAGGUGCAACAAGUCACGACAUCUGCUCCUCCAGGUUUGCAUACACAGCAACUGCAGAUACAUCAACUGACGCCCACAGGAGGACAAUCAACGCCACAACAACAAACAGCAACAGCAAUCGUACUUCAACAUGCCUCUGGCUCAGGUGGUGGCCAACAAUUGCAGCAACAACAAACUGUCGUCAGUGGAUCCAGCACCCCGCAGCAUUUGAUUAGACAUGGCAACAUAACAGCUUCACAAAUUGUAAAGACCAUUGUGGCUCAAACCGGCCUUUUAACAACUGGCCAAGUCCAGCAGCUGCAUCAGCAACAACAAAACCAAAACAACCAAGGCAAUUCGCCUCAGGUCGGACAACAUGUUCAACUGCAACAACAAAGCGGUGGCAGUGGUAACAUGGUGGCACCCCCACUCUCGGUUUCGGUGGUUCUGACACAACCCGUUCAGACUAUUUCGUCCAAUGUUCAAAAUCAAGUGGCCCAUCAUUCGCAGGUGUCGUCAUCGACAGCUCAAAUUGUCUCGCUUUCACCACAAACCAUUGUCUCCAGCUCAGCCCAGGUGGGUAGUAUUGUCCACACCCAAUCACUGCCCCAAGUUGUGUCAGUCUCACAAUUGGCCACUGUUGGCACCGUCCUAACAACAUCCAGUGGAAUGCAACAGCCAACGGGUACAGUGACAACACUUAACACCUCGGCAUUGAGAGCACAACGCAUUGUGGCAGCUUCAAGUGGCACUACACUACAGGAUGUGGUGUUACAACAACGUACUGCCGGUAAUCCCAGUCCCACAAUUGUUUCGAUGUCAAGUCUCGGUUCGAAUGUUGGCCAGGCUUCGUUGCAGGCAGCACAAUUCCAAUUGGCCUCCAUGCCAUCGGGUACUCAACAAGUUGUUACCAAGGGCAUACGAGUUAGUUCUCUGCAACAAGGCCAGAAACUGGCACCAGGAGGUGCUGGUGGUACCACAGCUCAGGGCCAACAAUCAGCCCACAUACAAUCGUAUAGACAACGGCAGCUCAAGGUAUUACAGGCCACCGGACCGGGACAACAGGGUCAGCCGACAGUUGUACAAACAGCUUCGGGCCAAGCUGCUUUGGUCAAUGCUCAGGGUACCAUAAUUGGAACUGGACCCACAACGGUACAGGUCGUACAGGGACAAAAGGUAACAGUGGCCACCUCGAAUGUGGCAGUUACCACACCCAGUGCCACAGGUGUGGUGACAACAGUGGCCAAUCAAAUGCAUGCCCAACAGGUACAGCAAACGCGUGCCCAGUUUAUCAAACAGGUUUCCGCAUCGGGAAAACAAAUAUUUACCCGCCAGGUUGGCGAUAGUGAUAUGCUGUUGGUUAAACGACAAAUGAUCUCAGCUGCGGGUCAACAGAAAACUGCCCAAGUUAUACAACAGGGUGGACAAAUCUAUACCACGACAGGUCAAGGUAUAACCCUGCAACAGCAAUCUCAAGCUACCACAUCAGGCGGGAACGCCGUUCAGCAGCAGCAGCAGCAGGGGCAACAGCAAACCACCACACAAGUUGUGCAACAGGUGACGCCUCAACAAAUUGCCACAUUGGUAAAGACAUCUGGUGCCUCGUCUGGUGGCAAUGGUGGUCAGGGGGUUACAGCUGGCCAGCAACAGCAAACCCAAAAUACCGUUAACAUGGCUCUGUCGCAGCUUAAGCCGGGCGGUCAAAUAAAGGUCACCAUGGCCAAUCAAUCGCAAAUGCGUCAAUUACACAUGCAACAACAACAAUUGGGAAUGCCAAGGAAAAUUUCACGAAUGACCCAAAUCCAGGCUGCGCAAGCUGCAGCAGCGGCGGCUGCUAGUCAACAACAGCAGCAGCAGCAACAACAACAAGUUCAAAAUGCCAACACCACUAUGACACAAUCGGCAAGUUUGCAGCAACAGCAGCAGGGUGGGCAAAAACAAGGCAGUAGUGGUGGAACGUCUGCGGGCUCAUCCGGAUCGGGUGGAGUGCAAACCCAAUUGGUCCACAUCCAAAACACAAAGAAUCUUUCGUCAUCGGUAACCGUCCAACAAAUACAACAAGUGAUGCGCCAAGGCCAACCCGGCACACUGGCAACCACUGGCUUUGUUUUGGGUAAAACUAGUGUGGGUCGGGUUAUCCCUGUUUCUGUCGCCUCACAGCCGAAUCAGCGUCAAACUAUACAGGUGGUUUCGGCAGCCUCAGCCCAAGCUCUAACUGCUGGCAAUUUGAGGGCUCAUGUGGCAAGCGGUCAAAAUAUAGCCGGUACUAUUAAGGUUGCCACAUCCGGUGGCGGUUCACAGUCCCAAACUCAACAGGCAAUUAUUACCGCCAUACAACAGCAACAACAAAAUCAAAGGCAAAAUGCCAGCCCGGUGCGAUUGCAAACAACGGCUGGUGGCAAUUUGGUAGCUGUGGUACAGCAACAAUCUUUGCAAGAUCAACAACAACAGCAGCAACAACAACAACAGCAACAAACCCAAAAUGUUAUGGUCACUACCUCGGCUGGUGGCAACAGCAAUCAAACUGAAAUAAUGACCAUUACCUCGUCGGGGACAACAUUGACCACGGGAACACAACAACAGCAAACGCAACAAGCAACACCACAACAAGUUAGGACAUUGGUGAAAAAGAAAAUCAUGCAAAUACGCAGUGAAAACAAGGAAUAAUUGUAAACAAAAAAGAAAACUUACAAAAACUUAAGAGAAACAGAACAAUUUUUAAAAUUUCAAAUAUUUGGGAGGGUCUUAAAUUAUGUUCCCUCCCCCUAAUCUACAACGACAAGUAUUAUUCGUUUUAAUGUUUUUUUUUUUUUUCAAUAACAAAAUAUUUAUUAUAAUAAAUUUUUUUGAUUUCUCAAAUUUGGUUAGAGGUGUGUAUAAAACCAUAGUAAUAUAAACGCAUAACAACAAAAUUAAAUGUAAUAAAGCUUUAGUUUAUAAAUUAUUAAUCUCUUAAAUGUCUACUUUUUGUGUAGGGCUUUAGAGCAAAACACUUUUUAAGGUCUAUAUAUAAAUAUAAUAGCAUAUUUGAUAUUAGUUUUAAUGUUUAAAAUAAACAAAUUCAUGAAAGAAACAUAAAAUACACAAAACAACUAUAUUUUUCAAAAUUGAACUCUUGUAAUUAAUCCAAAAAUUAUUUUCUCUUUUUUUACCAACCCUUGAAAAUUACUGUUUAUAGAAUAAAAAAAAAAAACAUAAACAAGGAAAAGAAAAAGUUAUAAAUUUUAAAUAUAAUAAUAGUAUUUUAAUUAUUAUCUAUAAAUAACAAUAAAAAUAAUACAAAAGAAAAUAUUUGCCCCUACUUUUGCCAAGGAGGGCAUUCUACAUUAUGUAAUGUAAAUUACUUACACAUAAAUAAAAAUAAAGAAACAUAAAUAUAAAA